AUGCUGGCAUCUGAUCCAAUUCGUCUUACCACAGUCCAAUACUCGGAGACAGACGAAAUUCCCAUAGUGGGGGAAACCUGGAACUCACCAAAGUACGAGGACUUCACAUUCAUCGACUGGAUUCGAGAAUCUGGCGCCAAGCGACGAGAUCAAAGCGCUUCGAAAAAAUGGAUUGUUUUAAUGCUCAUGGCCGUGCUACUGGGAUACACCACAGCCUUUAUUGAUUUGGUUUCUGCUUCCCUUCACGAUUUGAAAAAGGGACUUUGUCUAUCCAAGUUGGAAAAAUGGUCUCUCCUAAGUCCAUAUCUGACAUGUCCGGCUGAAGAUUGGUAUGACUGGCUGGAGUUGAUGAUCAACCGCGAUGGAAAAGUUUCCAAUGCCAUCAUAAACUUUCCCAUCUACUUGUUCUUUGUGCUACUUUUCGUGGGAUGUGCAGCAUACAUCAAGGAGAAAAAGGCUCCGCUUCUCAGGCAAUCGGGAAUUCCCGAGAUGAAGCUCAUCAUUGCGGGUUUGAAUUACCAUCUAGAUGCGUUUUUGGGAGGGCUGUCCUUUCUCUUCAAAGUAUCAGCUCUCAUCUUUGUGGUUAGCUCUGGCCUUUGGCUCGGAAAAGAGGGCCCAUUAGUACAUGUUGCUAGUUGUGUUCUCUCAAUCUGCCUCAAAUAUGUUUGUGGUCAGAAAGUGUCAGAGGGAUUAAAACGGGAACUACUUGCGGCAGCAACGGCAACGGGUAUUGCCGUGGCUUUUAAUGCGCCAAUUGGCGGUGUUUUGUUUGUGGUAGAGUUAUUUCCGACGUUUUUCAUCCCAACAAAAAUCAUGUGGAACUCCUUUGUAUGUGCUACAGUGGCCUUGGUGGCUCUUUCAGGCUUCAAAGUAUUUACAGACGGCCAAGACUUCCACGAGGAAGACCUUUUCCAAGUUCUGUUUGGUAAUUUCAACUGGCUCUUCAUGGAAAGCAUUCCAUUCAUAUUCCUAGGAUUAGUGGGUGGGUUUUUUGGCUUCAUUUUCACAAAGGCAUACGUCGCUUUCUCAAGACCAGCUUACAAAAACCGCCUAUGGCAAUUCCUUUCCUCUACUUUCAAAGUGAGCGAAUCCAAGGGUAAGUAUGCUGAAAUUUUUCUUUUAGCGCUUGCAACGGCCGUUUUAACAUACUUGUCCCCCCUAACAAGAAUGUCCUUGGGUGCUUUCCUCAAAUUGCUUUAUACAGAUUGUCCUGCUGAUCUGUCGGCAUCAACAAAUAACUCAACCAACUUCAUUUGUCAGGGAUCCUCUUUUUCCACAGUGUUAAGCCUUGCGUAUGUUGUGGCACAAGGCUUUGUUUUAUCAACCUACUCAUACAGUGUCGGACUUCCGGGUGGUGUUCUUAUGCCGUCUCUUGUCCUUGGAGGUGCAACAGGGAGGUUAGUGGGCAUAAUCUCCAAAGCUAUUCAAAAUGGCAUAGAGUCUGAGAAUUGGGCCACAUGCACAGCAAAAUCUUGCAUCGUUUCUCCAUCUUCUUAUGCUGUUGUAGGCUCGGCUGCCUUCUUCACUGGAAUCACCAAACUUUCUUUUUCUGUGGUGGUUAUCAUUUUUGAAUUGACUGGUGCUGUGACUUAUGUGUUGCCCAUUAUGGUUGCAGUUAUGACAUCUAAAUUUUUCAAUGACUGGCUUUGCGAGGAGAAUGUGUAUGAUGCAUGGCUCAAUCAUGAGUUCAAUGUAUCGGAAUACGAUUAUAUUCAUGAGGUCAACGCUAACAAGGGAAAUGGGCUAUGUGAGUUUUCGUCAAAAUCGGUGGGUUUCAAAGAAAAGCUUCCAGAUGUGGCAGUAUCAAAGGCAAUGAUGCCCUUGUCGAGAACAAAAUGCCUUCACAUUUUCCCCUCAGAGCCAUAUUCAUUGACUGGGUUGUACGCCUUCAUGUCUGACGAUUCUCAGGAGGGAUACCCAUUAAUAGCCAACGACAAGGAACCGGUCAGCUUGGGCUACGUUGCCAAAAGAGAUUUGUAUCAGCUGCUUCAACAAACUUUCGGUAAUUUGCAGUCACCAACUGCACUUGUGUGUCUCCGAGUGAAAGUACCCGAAAAUAUGAGAGAAAAGCAGAUGGAGUUUGAAGAGUCAUUAAUCAACGUCUACGCAGAGUUGCAUGUGGUCCCUGUGGAUGCACAAGAUUCGGUCAUAGUUGCUAAGGACACUACGCCUCUUGUAGAGGUGAUUGAAUUAUUUGAGAUCAUGCAUUUGAACUAUCUCAUUCUAAUGGAUGAGAUCAACAACAGUUACAUGUCUGGGUUUAUUGACCGCUUCACCUUGGCUCAAGAAUUGGACCUGGCGUUUGAAAACAUCAACGAUGACCUUGACUCUAUCGCAGAUGAAUUUGGAAUUCACGACGAAGAUCUAGAGGACGAUUAUCGUCAACCAAGAAGGCGACAUAAUCGCGUGAAGUUGAUCACGUAG